AUGCCUCUGAGUGACACUACUGCCGAUACUGAUCCGAGUAGUCUUGCCUGCGCCGUUACAUUGCGAUUAGAUGUUAAAGAGAGCAAGCUUGUUGACGUUGGCGCGUUAGUGGGGAGUGAGCGACUCGCUUGGGUGAGCGACUCGCUUGUGAACCACGUUAGUCGUAAUAUAUACUAUACGCUUAAUCACGUGAUGCUACACCACAAUAUAUAG